AUGGCAUCAAAAAUCGAGGGGAACAACAUUUAUUCGGUUCCUAAGGAUGUUGAACUUAACAUUCAUUUGUUCUACAAACAUCUUUUCCAGCCCCAAACCAAGAUUAUGACUAAAAAUAAAGCGCCGGGCCCAGAUGGGUUUAACUUCUUUUUUUAUAAGAAAGCUUGGGGUAUCAUCAAACAAGAUUUCUUACACUUAUUCUCUGAUUUCCACAGAACGGGUACCUUUCUUGCAGGCUUGAACACAACUUUCUUAGUUCUUAUUCCUAAAGUGAAAGGGGCUAUAGAUAUCAAAGUUUUCGACCUAUCGAUCUUAUCAAUGGAGUUUUCAAGCUUUUGUCUAAACAUGAAUUUUGAUAAUUCAUGGAUUAGAUGGAUGUCUUCAUUUUUCUUCUCUACUCAGCUUUCGGGGGUUAGACAGGGAGAUCCUUUCUCCCCUAUGCUGUUUGUUUUAGCUGUUGAAGGCUUGAAAGCUUUGUUCGAAAAAGCAGUUUCUUUGGGUUUAAAUGACGGUAUACGCGUGGAUUGUUAUUCAAAUUCGAUCUCUCUGCUGCAACUUGUAGAUGAUAAUCUUAUUUUCUUACCCAAUGAUCUAGAGAUGCUUCAAAUAUUCUCAUAUAAAAUCAAAGAAUUACCUAUUACCUAUCUAGGUCUACCUUUAUCUCUGAAGCCGAUUAAAGCCAAAUUUCGGGAUCCUAUUGUUUGCAAUUUCUCGCAGCAACAGGCAGGUUGGAAAGGAAAAUUAUUAUCUUCGGCUGGCAGACUAGUUUUGGUCAAAUUUGUUCUUAGUAGUUUUCCGAUUUACUAUCUCUACUCUUUUCUUAUUCCUCAGUCAGUGGUUCUAUCUUUAGAACGUCUCAUGCACAAAUUUUUAUGGAACGGUUCAGUGCUCAACUCGGGUUUUAACAAAGUGGCUUGA